UCACUUACACAGCCUUGCACUUCUCACUCCAUCCUUGAUUCCCCAUUCCUCCCCCACAAACAAUGUUCACUACUUGCAUUCUCUUCUCAUCACCAUCUCCACCUCACAACCUCCAAAAAUGCACCAUUUUAUCCUUCUUCUAACACUAGCCUUCACCUAUUUAAAUCAAUCUCAACAACAACAACAACAAUGCAUCAUCAAUGGCAACAACACUCAAGUGAGAGCUGGUUACUGGUUUUCCAACUCAAACCAUUACUCCCCUGUUUCUCAGAUCAACACUUCUCUUUACACUCAUCUUUACUACUACUCACUCUCUGUAGAUGAAACCAACUUUGUUGUCAGCCUCCCAACUGAAGACCAGCUCCCUCUGUUCACAACCUUCUCCUCCACCCUCAAGAGUAACAAUCCUUCUCUCAAGACCCUGCUUUCCAUUGGCACCCAUGAACAUGCAAACAAUGCCUCCAAUUCAGCCAUCUCUACAAUGGUAUCUGACCAAACUCACAGAGCAGUGUUCAUCAAUUCCUCCCUACAACUUGCCAGGGCACAUGGUUUUGAUGGUUUGGAUUUUGCAUGGCAAUUCCCAUCUUCUCAACAUGACAUGUCCAACCUUGAGGACUUACUUGCAGAGUGGAGACACAGUAUCAAUGACGACGCGAAGAAUUCCCCGGCAGCAACACUGCUUUUAACAGCAACUGUCUACUUCUCAGACCAUUUAUUCAGUGAAGACAGCAACAAUGUAGACUACCCAAUUGACGCUAUAUCGAAUAACGUUGAUUGGGCUAAUGUGCUUUGUUUUAAUUAUCACAAGGAAGGCGAUGUCACAGCAGCUGAUGCAGCACUGUUUGAUCAGGUUUCCCAUUUCUCUACAAGUUAUGGUGUUGUUUCUUGGUUGGAUGCUGGUGUUCCUCCUUGCAAGCUAUUGUUAGGCGUGCCUCUGUUCGGACGAUCUUGGUUUCUCAAGAAUAAGAUGAAGAAUGGAUUCGGUGCACAAGUUGUAGCUGCCGGACCGAGGCUGAAGCUCAGUAAUCAAACCGGCAUUAUGGCUUAUUUUGAGAUCACAGAGAUGUUGGAGGAUACCAAUUCUAUCAUGAUUUAUGAUAAUCGAACAGGUUCUUCGUAUUUCAGCAAUGGUGGUCUUUGGGUCACCUUUGAUAGUCUGGAAGUUAUAGAGCAGAAGAUCGACUUUGCUUUGCAGAAUGGAUUGCUUGGCUAUUUCUUAUGGCCUAUCAGUUAUGAUACUACAAAUUACACUGCAUCCAGACAAGCUAUAAAUGUGUGGACUAGAGAUUAUGGUUCUGUUGCUGCAGGUGUUGAAUUUGGGUUAAAACAUGGAAAUUCACCUGUUGAAUUUGCAGCAGGAGGUGGUGCUCCCCCACAAUCAUCAAGAUCAGUUAGAAAUCUUCAAACAAUUUAUGCUUUUCAUUUGUGUUUUUAUCUUCAAUUGUUUCUUCCUUAUUACUGUGCAAGUAUCUGAAGUUCCUGAACCUGUAAUACAAAAGCUCAUAUCAAAGAGAUAUUGAUUUAUAAAUUGUCUCAGUUUUAUUUUACUUGUUGUUUAUUAGA